AUGAAAGAAGGAACGAAGGGCAAAAAAGAAGACAAAAGGAAGAAAAAUGCGCGAGUUGUGUCAAUAAUGGAACGUUUGCGUUCUACAAGUGAACUUAGUCAACUAGAUGCAGCUACCGAAUUAGCCGAUAUGCUACUUUUGGGCAACGAAGAAAGCCUUCCAAAUUUGCCAAUCAAAGACAUCGUCCAUGCCCUCAUUGUAUUACUUCAGAAGGAGCAUAAUUUUGUAUUGAUGCUUACGGCUGCAAGAUGUAUAUCAAAUAUGCUAGAAGCUUUACCUCGUGCAUUACCAGUUGUUAUCGAUACAGUGCCACAUCUGCUUGAAAAGUUGAAACGUAUCGAAUGCAUCGAUGUAGCGGAACAGUCAUUAAUGGCACUGGAAGUGAUGUCAAAAAGAAAUGGGAAGAAUAUAAUGUCGGCUGGUGGCAUCGCAGCGACCAUAUCACAUAUUGAUUUCUUCUCCGUUCCAUCACAGCGUUUAGCAUUUCAAAUAGCUGCUAAUUGUGCGACAUAUGCAUCAGCUAAUGAUUUUUCUCAAGUGCGUGAUUCACUAGCUGAUCUUACGCAACGACUUCUAAUUGAAGAUAAACGAUGUCUAGAAUCAGUUUGUGUAUUAUUUUGCCGUCUUGUGGACAAUAUGCGUAAUCAUGCUGAUAAGUUGCGAGAAAUAGCAGGUCAAAAUCAUGCAUUGUUGAAAAAUGUGCAACAGUUACUGUUGGUACAACCUUGUGCCGUGGGGCCAAAUACAUUCCAGUCGUUGAUACGAAUGUUGCGUUCAAUGGCUUCCAGAUGUAGUGAUCUAGCAGUUGCAUUGGUUUAUAUGGAUUUUGCUAGGACUAUUAAAUUUUUGAUUGUUGGAUCAAAGGAGGGUGAUCAUACAACUUUCGAAAUUGUCGAUCGCCCACCGCAGCACUUACAAGAAUUGGUUUAUUUAGCUGGAGAAUUGAUGCCACGUUUACCGGUUGAUGGAAUAUUUGAAAUAGAUAAUGUAAUGCUACGUUCACAUGGUACUUAUUAUGAUUUCCAACCGACUCUGUGGUACUGGAGAGAUGACUCUAACCAAUGGUUACCAUUUACUCAUUUCGAUUCACGACUUAUUGAGAUGGCAUAUACAACAAGUGAAACGGAAGUAAAUCUUCAAAUUAACGGAAACGUUUAUAAAAUUGAUUUGCAACGAAUGGUACAACGAAAUCAUUCGACGGGCAAAGAGAGAGCUCUACAACGACGAGCAUCCGUUUUCAAAAGUAAAACAGCAUCUCCAGAAGAAGAUCGUCGUUUGGAAUUGAUGAAAACAGAACCAGUGCUUCUAGAACAAGUUGUGCAGUUACUUCUUCCAAUAUUAGUAGAAAUCGAUGGCAGCUCAAGUGGUCCAGCACUUCGUUAUGAAAGCUUGCGUGUGACUUUAAGAAUGAUCUAUCCAUCAGAUGUAAGAGUGCUGAAAGAUAUUCUUGCGAAUCUUCCUCUUGCUGGACAUAUCGCCAGUGCUUUGGCUAGUGCACGAAGUAAAGAUCUUUGUGUUGUGGCGUCGGCGUUGCAGUUAGCUCAUCUGCUUCUGGAUAAAUUUCCGGAUAUGUAUGAGCCAUUAUUCAAACGCGAAGGUGUUGCACACGAAAUUGAAAAACUAUCUAAAAUGAAGCUUGAAUCACCAGUAUCAGCUCCAUCGACUCAAACAGCUACACCAGCCUGUGAACAAGAUAACGCAGCUGCAGCUACCGGAGCCCGAACUCGAAGUGGCCCGAAAACACGGGCGUCGUCGGAAUUGGUGGAAGGAGCAUCAGCAACCACUAAACAAAGUGCAAGUACAAGAACUCGUAAUAUCACACAGUUGGCAGUACCCACUGCUGAAGCGGGUCCAAGCUCAAGUAAUGCUACUCGUGUUAUCGUCUCACCGAACAGUGGUCGUCAUCGUCGUAAAACAUCACCGGAGAGUCCUAUAUCCCGCAAGGAAUCACGUCGUAAAACAACGCCUUCCAAUUUUCUUCACACGUUACGCUUGCCAUCAUUUCGCAUGCCGGGCGCAUCAUCGUCAACCGAACAUUCGUCACAUGAUAGCACAUCACCAGGUAACACGCUCUCAUCAUUUUUCACUGCUAUCGGUCAAUCUUGGACAACAUCGGUACAUCAUUACCCUUCAGGAUCUGGUAAUUCGACAAGUACACCGUCUUCAGCUCAUACGUCUACAUCUCGUGGACGUAUUUCAACAUUCAUGCCAUCAACUGCUGUGGGAAGUUCAUGUUCUGCUGUUUUGAUGCAGUCGUCGUCUGCUGGUCAUAAUUCAUUUACGAUGCCAUUAUCGUCUACCGGCGGAUCUGCGUUAAAUCAUCAACAACGUGAAAUAAUCCGGCAGUGGAUACGUAAAGAAGCUGAAUAUCUGAUACAAAUGUAUUUUUCAACACCAUCGUCUGGUAUCGAUGGUUCAACUCCCUCACUUUUAAGUCGUUUGACAGCUAUUGCUACAUCUCUUGCAAGUGAAAAAGAUGUUGGGAGCGCUGCACUUACUGGAUUUAAGACAAUUUUACUGGAAAAUGAUGUAAGCGCCUUUGAACUGAAUCAUAGCGGUGUACUUAAUUCCCUCUGUAAAUAUAUCACAAGUUCCUCACCAGCACAUCAACCACCGCAUAAAAUUCGUCUCAAACGUUUCGUCGCUGUUUUUAUGUCUCUCACACCGGAUAAUCUGAGACCAGCGGAUGAAUCGGAAUGUUGGGCAGCUUUCGAAACUCUUGUAACGAAAUUACUCGCAUCAGUAGCCCAGCACGAACAGUUCCAGGUAAAAGUUACUGAUAUGGGUGGAAUCGUAACGGGUAGUUCUGGAGGAGCUUUACGCGGUUCACAAGCAUUACGCUUUUUCCAAACUCAUCAAAUUCGUUGUAAUUUGAAGCGGCAUCCAACUUGCAGAGAUUUAAAAGAAUGGAGGCAUGGACAUGGCUCCAUAAAGGUAGAUCCGUUCACGUCAAUUUCGGCUAUUGAAAGAUAUUUGUUGGAUCGUGGGAUCGGUUAUGUGCGUGGGGAAGAUUCAUCUGGUGAUGAAGAUGGUAGCGAUGAUGACGAAAUGCCUUCAGAAGGUUCGGUAUCAGGUGGAAACUCUCAACCCAGUCGCAUAGAAAUCUUAAUAAAUGAUGAAAAAGUUCCAGGACAUAUGUCCAUUCUACAGGCACUAAGACAAUUUGGGCAAGUAAAUCUGGGCGAUAAUGCGGAUCAUUUCGCUGUUGCGACAGGUAUAUGGGUGAAUACGCAUACCCUUUACUACCGGGCUGCUGCACCGGUAUCAUCUGAAGCGUCUGAAGAAACAGCAACAACAACAUCCACAACCAAAUCACCAUCUGGAAAAUUGGAAAAACGAGAAAAACGGCCAAAGAUCGACGAAAAGCUAUGGAUUGAUGGAGAAGUUCCGGUUAGCAGAUGUCCAUUGGAUUCGUAUUUGACGAAUAUGUUACCGGUCGAUAUAGAUGAUCCUUGUGUACCUUCUCUUGUUCUUCUUCGAUGCCUUUAUGCAUUGAAUCGUUUUUGGUGGAAACUAUUUGAAGACGAGGAUGUACCUCCUACCAGUCAUGCACCACUUCUACCGAACACAGCUUUUCACUCAUCAAAGCUUAAUGCAAAAAUGGGGCGGCAAUUAUCAGAUUUUCUAUCUGUCGCAACUCAGCAAAUACCCCAAUGGACUGCUGAUCUAAUCAAAGCAGUGCCUUUUAUCUUCACAUUCUCAUCUCGACGCAACUACCUGUACUGUACGGCUUUUGGACGUGAUAGAGCUCUAAUGCACCUCGUCAACCAAACGGAUGGUGGUCAGGGUGAUGGUGAAAGUGGACGUUUGACGCCACGUCUUGAAAGGCGUAAAGUAUCAGUGCGUCGAGAUGAUUUGCUUCGCCAGGCAGAACAAACCCUUCAUCAUCUUGGAUGCAGUCGAGCGAUGCUUGAGGUUGGUUUUGAGGGAGAGGCAGGUACUGGUUUCGGUCCAACACUGGAGUUCUAUUCCACUGUGUCACGUGAGAUACAAAAGUCUUCGUUACGUCUUUGGCAUGGUCGUACUUUGGCUGCAACAGCUGAUGGAAAAGAUGGACCGACGACGAAUUAUAUCUCGGCACCGGCUGGUCUUUAUCCUGCAGUCUUUUCCUCACAAAAUGCUAAACAACGUGAUGCUCGUUCAAAGAAAUUCGAAUUUAUUGGACGUCUGUUAGCGCAAGCCUUAAUUGAUUCACGCAUGUUGGAUAUACCUCUUAAUCCAGUAUUUUUCAAAUGGCUUUGCGGAGAAGACAAAAUGUUCAGCCUGAGUGAUUUGGAAGUUUUCGACAAAAGUUUAUAUCAAUCUUUACGCGCACUAAUUCUUACAGAUCCAAAUGAUUUCGAUUCACUUGAGCAGUAUUUCACUCUACCGGGUGAUGAAAAUUUCGAACUUGUUAAAGGAGGAAAAAAUCGUCUUGUGACCAGUUCGAAUGUAGUUCAAUUUGUUAAGUUGGUAGCCCACUGGCUAUUGGUCGAAGGCGUACGACGUGAGAUGGAGGCAGUACGUCGAGGCUUUGAAACAAUUAUCAAAAUAGAUGAUUUAACGUCUUUCACCCCUGACGAGAUGGAAGAGCUAUUUUGUGGUUGUUCGGAAGAGACGUGGAAACGUACAUGGAAUGAAUCAGCACUACAGUCAGCUAUAAAACCAGAUCAUGGGUAUACGCAUGACAGCGACCAGAUACGGUGGCUUAUACAAAUGCUUGCCUCUUAUGAUAACCAACAGCAGAGAAAAUUUCUGCAGUUUGUGACGGGUUCACCAAAACUUCCAGUUGGUGGUUUUCGUUCAUUGAAUCCCCCGUUAACAGUUGUGAAGAAAUCGGGUUCCUAUGGAAAUGGCGACGAUGAACUUCCAUCAGCGAUGACCUGUUACAAUUAUCUAAAAAUUCCGGCGUACAGUACCUAUGAAGUAUUCCAGAAACGAUUUGAUGUAGCACUGCGUUUCAUUUAUAGUUUCCAUCUAACGUAG